AUGACACUUGACGAGAAGAAGCGUAAAAAGAAUAAAGAAGAAGCUAUCCCAGUAAAGAAAAAAACAAAGACGAAACCGUCUAGUGUUCUGCCAACAAAUGUGUUAGAUAAUGAUAUAGAAGGCGAGCUGGAACAAAAAGUUGACGAUAAAUCUGCACCAAAAUUCGUGUCUAUUGCUGUACAAACCGAGGAAGUAAACAUUCAGGAAAAAAUAACCGAUACUGCGUCCGUAAAAGACGAGAAUAGUGGCAGUAUCAAGAAUACAUAUGCGAAAACUAAUGUUUUCCUUGUUCCACAAACACCGAAACUUCCAAAGACUUUUGAGGAAAAAGAGUCAACGCGAAGAUUGAUCGUCGUAUUAGACAAAGCGUGUUUAGAAACUUAUAAGGUCGCCAACUCUAAGCCACCGAAAUAUCAAUUGAUUAAUUAUGACGAUCACCAAAAUGAACUGCGGAAGUUGGGCAUUAAUAGAGUUUAUCGACCAGAUAUUACGCACCAGUGCAUGAUGGCUUUAUUGGACAGCCCUCUAAACAAAGCUGGUUUAAUGCAAAUUUAUAUCCAUACAGAAAAUAACGUAUUAAUUGAAGUUAGCCCGCAUAUUCGAAUUCCUAGAACGUUUAAACGGUUUGCUGGUUUAAUGGUGCAACUUCUUCAUAAACUAAGUAUUCAUUCAGUGGACGGGAAGGAAAAACUAUUACGCGUGAUUAAAAAUCCUGUAACGCAAUAUCUUCCAACAAGAUGUGUGAAAUUAGCACUCUCAUACGAUGCCACACCGGUUCGUCUUUCACAGUAUUUGCCCACUCUACCUUCCGAUCAUUCAAUUUGUAUUGCCAUUGGAGCUAUGGCUCACGGAGUAGAUAAUUUUGCAGACAACUGGGUAGAUGAAAAAAUUGGUAUCUCACAAUAUCCACUUUCUGCUGCGGUCGCAUGUUCAAGGUUUUGUUACGAAUUGGAAAGCCUUUGGGGCAUUUGGUAA